GGGUGAUCGCCAGAGCGCUUGAAAACUCUUGUUUUCCUUCCCAGUCUAUAAUAAGGAUCCCCGCAACCCCAAAGGACAGCCCAGCACUUCCUGCCUCCGCCGACAGAGCCCCACGCCCGCUCCUCCGACUCACCUUCCUUUCCUCCCCAGGUCAAGCUCGCACGCUGGGUGCCGAAGCUGCCCAGCCCGCGCCUGACGCGCUCGGACAGGGAACACAGGCCAACACAGGCCAGCCCAGGCCCAGCUCCUACCCUGCAAGCGUAGCCCCCCCACGCGGAACCCAGCUCGCUUCUUCCCGUGAAAUCUGUUUGGAGCUCCGCGCCCUUCUCCGCUGCUUCCGGAAUCAGGCUCUGGCGGAGGCUGCAAAGUCGAAGGGGCCUUACCAGGAGACCCGGCAGCGUGUUUGCAAUAUGGCAGCGUCCAAACGGGCUCAGGUCUUGCGGCUUUAUCGUGCCUUGCUGCGGGAGAGCCAGAGCUUCAGUGCCUAUGGAUACAGGACAUAUGCCAUCAGAAGAAUAAGAGAUGCUUUCCGAGAAAACAAAAACAUAAAAGAUUCGGCAGAAAUAGAAACACUAAUGAACAAAGCAAAAGCUAGUCUGGAAAUGAUACACCGGCAGGUCAGCAUUGGUCAACUUUAUUCAACAGAGAAGCUAGUUAUUGAAUGCCCGCAGAACGUUUGAUACUGAAUGAACUCUUCUCCUGUAGCCGUGGUGGACUAGCCUCAGUAUUCUGAAACACGCACAGAUAUUUACUUGAACAUAUUACAUUAUCUUUGUUUGAGCUGUCUUACUCUCCACAUUCUUCACUCAGUCUUAUCAUAAGCUGUCUAAUAUUUUUCAGAGUACAUUUGCUUUCAAAAUGCCAAUGGUAUGAUUAAACUUGUGUUGCUGUGUCUGGGUGUUACUGUUUGCUAAUAUCAGUUUCCUUAAAAUAAAAUUCCAUAAACUGA